CUUUUACUCAUACUGAAAGUGAAAGAAGGAACAGGGCUGGCUAACAAAACCGUCCAUGUCGAGUUAUGUAAGUUAAACGAUCAUUCUACCACCAAGAGACGUCGCCUUGUAGAGGAGCGUGUAAGAUGAGAGAUACAGGGUGACCUUCUCUCAAACAAAAGGACACAUGCAUGCAAGGUAUCUAUGGUUUUCACUCGGUAAACUAACAUGGCCUCAAUGGGUAUCCUCCUUUUUUUCACUGCCAUCUACAUCAGAACAGGAAAUACAAACGCAGGUUUUGUAAAUGUGGAAUGCCAGGCUGAAAAGGUGGGACAGUAUGGCCAGCAGUCACUGCUGCAGUGUGUUGUCAAAACCACACAAGACCUGGCAGACCUAGAAAUCCGGGUGGUCACUUGGACGAAGGAGGAUCGUCCCUUACUGGUUUUUCAUGAAGGGAAAAAUAAACCCCAGCCAGGCUAUUCUUUUGCUGAUCCAUCCUGGAAUGACAGAAACAUGAACGUAUCCCUGCUCAUCACCAACACUGCUGUAGAGCACGAGGGAGUUUAUAAAUGUACGGUGAUAACAGACAGCGGCGACGGCAAGGACAGCACCAGCCUUAAGGUCACAGCCAAAUACAACAAACCAACUAUCCACUCCAACCCUGAGACAGUACCUCUUAAUACAGAUGUUACCCUGAUGUGCAAUUCUGAUGGUGGCUACCCAAAAGGUCAACUUCGCUGGUUUGAUGAGAACAACACGGAGUGGACAAAAAGCUCUCAAAUGGAGGCGAAGCAGACAGAAAGUGGUCUGUUUAACCUCUCUAGCAAGCUGUCUUUGCUGAAAGGAUCCAUUUUCACCAAAUACACCUGCAAAGUGUUCAAUGCCAGUGGAGACAAAGAGGAAGAGGCCACAUUUGAAGUACAACAUGCCAGCACACUAGAGACACAGAAGGGAGUAGGGUCGGGUUCAGCCUCCAAAAUAGUCGCUCCUGUGGUGGUCAUCGGAUCUCUGAUCGUAGGGUUGCUGUUGGCGCUGCUGAUCUAUAGAAGGCGAUCUCAACAGGCGCGGAGACACUCCACAACACCCCUUAUGAGUGACCAUCGUGAGCUCCCUAUAUGCGAUUACGAUGACGGUGAUCAUCAGGAGAGGGAUAAAACAUGCCAAGUCAGCCCGGCCUGAGCUGCAGGAGACACUGCAUGUCACAUGACACAUGCUAAUGUACUGGCAACCUCUGAAAUCAACACUUCCUUGUUUGCUAAUCUCCACUCUAUCGUUUGUUUCCCUAUUACAAACGACUGCGUAUAUAACCAGGAAUAACUUGUACUACUGUGAUUAAUCCAAGGAACUGUAAGCCCUUCAUUCACUUCAACUUUCUAAGAAAACAAUCUUAAAUGAGAUCUAAAUCUGAAGAAAGAUCUCUGAUUUUGAAUCAGUGAUGAUGGACAACUAGAAGGCAGGGGGUCCUGUUCAGGCCAUGUGACCUUUAAACAUUGACAACCACAUCGGGAGCUCGGUGUAACAUCACCGAAAACCACCUUAGUGAAUUUAGGAGGGCAGCAGAUCUUUGAUAUGUUUUGGUUGUUGGAGAAAAUAUUUUGUUUAAUUGUGCCCACGCAGUAACUGUAGCAUUUUGUAGCUUGGCAGGAAUGGCCCUCCUUUUCACUUCCUCUUGUCGUAUUAUGUCAACGUUCUGAAGAAAGUGUUGCACAAAAGGAAGUCAUAUUAUUAGGAUAGUUAGGGAGUUAUAUGUGUAUUCCAUGAAAAUGUAACAAAAGACAAGAUAAGUAUAAUACUAUAUUUUUCUGUCAACUAAUCCCAUGAAAAGACCAAAAGCAGCAAUGUGCUAGCCCAUCUCAGGACUUUUUGUCUUUCCUACUGUCUAGGACGCUCAGAUCCAGGACCAUUCGUUGCUGCUGACGACGUUAAUUGUUAAAAUGGGUUCCAAGCAUUAUGUGCAGUUUAAUUUUUUUGAAAAGCUUCAGUAAUUUCCCUAAACAGCUGGGCGCUAGCUUUUACUGAAAGUUUCUCAGGACUAAUUAGUGUAUUUGUUUAGAGCUAUGCUCAGUCCCACACUAGUAGAAAUUUGUGGCACCAGGUGGGAUGGACUCAAAAUAAACAUAUUUAAGGAGUGAGCCAAAAGUUUAGACUAUCUUCUAGUCACUAAAUUAACAAGAUGACAUAUGUCAGAAUAUGUCAGACUCAACUCAGCAGGUGACACUGAAUGAUGAUUACAUUGUUUUGUGCAUUGUAUUUUGUUGUUUUUGCGAUCAUUCAUCAGUGGAGCAGUAGGCUGUGCCAGUUUUUAGGGCGUUGACCACACUGGAGGUCUGUGGCGCAGAGGAAUAAGCUAUACUGGAGUGGCUACAGGGGCAAUAAACAGUAUGUUAGUAGAUGAGUUCAGAGUUGGUAGAAAAUCAGAAAAAGGAUAGAUUAUCACCGGCCUUUUCUUUUUAAGGGUCCUUAUUCAGAAGUUUGUCAAGGUUUUAGAGCACUUAUUAUUUCCUGUUUUAAGACCAAUAAUAUCACCGAUUCUAACUUUAGUGUUAGCGUUCACUGUCUGAGAACCUUCAGCCCCCAGCACAUUUCAUAUCCUUAUUCUAACCACUGAGAAAUGUCAUGAGCUGGAUGCUGGUUGCACUUCUGUGCAUCACAUGAUCUUCACAUGUCACAUUGUAUAAAAGCCAAAAACACCUUUGUUUUCCUCUCCUCCUUGUGUUGUUUUCAAUGAAAACUGUGUUUAUGUAACUUCUGGCAGCCUUAUGCAACUUCAUUGUCAAAUCAGAUGGUCACCAUCUCAGGCAGCUUUUUGGUUUCCUUAUCUGCAUCUGAUACCAGCUCUUUCAUAGAAAUGGACGGUGGGCGUGAUUUCUAAUCUGCUCGAUAAUGGAACAUGCCAUAGACAUCAGCAAAAGUAAAUGAUUAAUCUUGGUUCUCUCACAUGAAGGUAUCAGCGUUAUUCAUUGACUUUGUGGAUGGAGAAAAACAACGCCAUUAAGCAUAUAAGGUUUUUGAUUUAUAAGUUUAUUUUGGAAAUUGAAAAAGAAAACAAACGUCCUCAAACAAAACUUGUGAGAGGCACAUGUGAGCACUGUUUUGUAGAUACUGUUUUUAUAAAUCUGUGAAAAUUGUUACUGUGUGUUUCUGUGAAUUUAUGUUUUUGAUCCAGUUUUUAAAAAUGAAACUGAAUGUCACUGGACUACAGCCAGGUAUAUUAUUAACUUGUUUUUAUGAAUAACAUACUCUGUUCAAAGUGAUCUGUGAUUGGUCCAUGUAAUAAAACACAUUUUGAAUUGAAAAA